UCUACGUUGAAGCAAACAAGCCGAUUUCCAUAUAUUUGUGCUUCCGACCAUGGCGACGAGUGAAGUGAAAGUUCUGGGUUCGUGGCCGAGUCCAUAUGCAAUGAGGCCGAGGAUCGCCCUUAACAUCAAAUCAGUCGACUAUGUACAUGUUGACGAGAAGUUAUGGGAAGGCAAAAGCCAGCUUCUUCUCCAGUCAAACCCCGUUUACAAGAAAAUCCCAGUCCUCAUUCAUGGCGAUCGUAAGCCGAUCUGCGAAUCUCUCGUUAUCGUACAGUACAUCGACGAGACUUGGUCUGCCGGUCCUUCUAUCCUUCCUUCUGAUCCUUACGAACGCUCCGUCGCUCGUUUUUGGGCUGCAUAUCUUGACGAUAAGUGGUUCCCGGCGGCGAAAAGCGUUGGGAUCGCUCAAGGAGAGGAAGCGAAGAAAGCGGCGAUAGCGCAGGUGGAAGAAGGGCUGGCGUUGAUGGAAGGAGCGUUCGGCGAUUGUAGCAAAGGGAAAUGUUUAUUUGGUGGGGAUGAAAUCGGGUACCUUGAUAUUGCUUUCGGGAGCUUCUUGGGAUGGCUUAGAGUGACGGAGAUGUUCAAUGGGAUGAAGCUGCUUGAUGAGGACAAGACUCCUGGUCUGGUUCACUGGGCCGAUAGAUUCUGCUCCCAUGGCUCCGUCAAGGAUGUUAUGCCGGAUACCGACAAGCUUGCGGAGUUUGGGAAGAUGGUUAUUGCCAAAAUAAGAGCCGCUGCCGGUGCUACUGAAAUGCAUUGAAAUUAACACUGAAAGGUUCUUGAAGUACUAAA